UUCCUUGACCCAUCUCCCAAGUACCGCCCGAAAUUCCGUUACUGGCUUCCGGACGCCAGCGUCUCUCCAGGUAUUGUUACCAAAGACAUACAUGACGCGAAAGCCGUCGGCGCCGGUGGUCUAGAGUAUUUACCUUUCUACUUGUAUGGUUUGGUAGGCAAUGCGACUCCGCCCACUGAUUGGACGAAAUAUGGGUUUGGGACCCCCGCAUUCAACUCGCUUCUCAAGAGCUCCCUCAAAGCGGCCAAGGACACUGGGAUUCUGAUUGACUAUGCGUUGGGUGCGAAUCAAGGCCAAGGUGUUCCGUCUGAAGUGAUGACUCCUGGGCUUUCUGUUGAGCUGUUAAUGGGAAAUACAACGAUAACUCCGUAUGGUGGUAUUUCUGCACCGGUUCCACAGCCACAUCAACCUUCAUCUUCUAUUACCUCAGGGCUCACUUUCAUGCAUCCGCUCGAGCAAUUUGGAACGCCGAACCUGACCGCCGUGAUUGCCUAUCAAGUUUUGAGUCAAACACCUGUCAGCAGCACGACCGGAUCAAGGACUGUAUAUCUGAAUCAAAGUUCUUUUAUUGACCUAAUGCCUUAUGUCCAGGAUGGGUGGGCACUUGUGUGGAAUCCCCCAGACCACACUAAGACAUACAAAAUAUUGAGCUUCUGGGAGGCUUAUACCAACCAGAGAUCUUGUGCUGGAGGAGUGAACGCCACCGACUUCAUUGGGAACGGGUCCUGGACCGUCGACCAUUUUAGUAAAGCUGGAGCAGCACGUGUCACAGACUUCUGGAACCAGUAUAUUCUCUCAGAUAAAGAGAUUUCGAGUCUUCUGAAGUCGGUCGGAAAAUAUGCUUGGGAGGAUAGCAUGGAACAACUCGCAUCUCUGUAUUGGAGCCCCGGGCUUUUGCAAAGGUUUCAGAAUACUUACGGUUAUGACUUAUUGCCUUAUCUACCUUUGUUUUUCACUCCCUCAAACACUUGGAAUGGGGCACUGCCGGUAUACAACGAGGUGUUUGCCUUCGGAAACGACACGAAUGUUGGGAACAGCGUCUAUCAACUCGAUUAUCGAAAAGUUCUAAAUGAUGGAUAUCAGGACUACCUGUUGCAUUUCGAACAGUGGACACACUCCAUUGGCACUGAGUACUCUACUCAGCCUGCAUACAACCUACCCCUGCAGAUGCUCAGUGAUAUCCUACUACUCGAUGCCCCAGAAGGGGAAUCUCUUGGCUUCGGCCGACUGACGGACGCAUAUCGGCAAUUUGCAGGACCAGCUCAUCUCGCAAACAAGAGCGUCAUUUCGACAGAGCUUGGAGCAGUAAAUGUUCCUCCAUACUCCCUUCGCGUACCAGACCUAUUGCAGCAAAUCAAGCGGUCCUUUGCCGGAGGCUUUACCAUGAAUGUGCUUCACGGAUUUCCGACGUCUACGCCUUAUCCUAAUACGACGUGGCCUGGCUACACUACAUUUUAUUACGCAUUCACUGAGAUGUGGAACUCAAUCCAACCGGCUUGGCAGCAUAUGAGGGACACGUUGGAUUAUGUCGGCCGAAAUCAAUUCGUACUGCAGCAAGGGAGUCCACGGGUUGAUCUAGCGUUUUAUCUUUACGCAUCACCUUGGGCACCGAAGACCCAAUACAACUCUACAAACUUACGGGAUCUGGGGUACACCUACGACUACCUUGGCCCAGACAACCUCAUCUCACAUCAAGCUACGGUCAGGGAUGGUAACUUGGGCAUCCCGGGUUACCAAGCUCUUAUCUUCAAUCAUCAGACCGUCUCAACAGUCGAAACUGCAGAAUCUCUUGUUAACAUGGCCUCAAGCGGUCUCCGGAUGAUUUUUGUAGGACAGAUUCCCGACCAGACGUAUCCAACGACGGCAUCAAGUCAAGCUGCUCUUAUCACCGCCGUAAAACGUCUCCUGUCCAACGAGAAUGUCUAUCAAACAGCAACGAUCGACCAGCUUCCAACUAUCCUAGCCAAACUCAGGAUAGCGCCUCGGACUUCGUUGAGUUGCUCUUCAAACCCUGUCUAUUCCAUCUGGCGAUCCUCUAACGAUCUCAACUAUAUAUACUUCUUCAACGACCAAGCCAAAACCACUCAAUGCACUGCUAAAAUUUCAGUUGCUGCUUUUACCGCCACCCCAUAUAUCUACAAUGCCUGGACUGGUUCCCAAACCCCCCUUCUCCAAUACACUGCCACCAACUCAACGAUUUCCGUCCCCCUGGCCCUGAAAUCAAACGAAACCCUCAUUCUUGCUCUCCACCGCUCUCCGCCAUCUCCCUUUCUAAAAUGCACCCACAACCAUACUCUCGCCCUCGUAACUGGCCCGACUACACUAACAUCCUCAUCCGGAAUGACGUCGCGAAUCAAUGCCUCGCUACCUCAAGCAACGAAUCUUACAACCUGGGAUUUAGUCAUUGAAGACUGGCAUUCCGCCCCAAAUCGCUUUGCUGUGAAAACCGAAAUCACUCGCCAUAGUUUCAAAAACGUGGCAUUGGUACCAUGGAACCAGAUCUCCGCGUCCUUGAUCCCGGUGUCGGGGAUUGGACAUUACACUACGAAAUUUACUGUCCCAACCUCUCCCAACCUCCCCCCUUCCUCCCCCUCCCCCUCGUCUUCGAAUUCUAGUUCUGGUCUCGUGGGAUUACUCCACCUACCCCUAAUCCAACACACCGCGCGAGUAUACCUAAACGGCAAAGUCCUCCCACCAAUCGAUCCUGUGAACCCGGUUGUAGAAAUGACGGGGAUGGAAGCAGGCAAGGAGUAUGAACUAGAGAUUAUGGUGACGACGACACUGUUUAAUAGGAUUAAGGCGGAGGCGAAUGAGACGAUGGUUGUGGGGCAGAAGGCAGCGGUAUUACAGCCGAAGUAUGGAACAUGGUUGUUUGAGGAAUAUGGAUUGGUGGGAUCGGUGGUUGUGGUGUGG